GUGCUGUAAGAUAGUACAAACAUGGGCAGAAGAAAAUCUCACGGAUCGUCUAAAAGUAAACAACACGUUCCGCAUCAGAGGCAAUUAUCCUUAGUAAAAAGAAACGAGAUAAAUGCGUUGUGCGAGAAAUUAUUUCAUCUUAGCAGUAAUUCAGCAUACGUGACGCAACUAUGGAACAACUACAAAGAGAUAUCAUCAGUUUUGGAGAAGGUUAAACGAUUGGAGGAAAUGAAGACAGAAUCGUCAAAGCGGUCCCAGGGGAUUGGACAAUUUAUGAAUUGGCUUAAAGAGAAUGGUGCAAACAUAGAUGGGGCAAGCGUAGCUGAGUUUUCAGGAUACGAUUUAGGGUUAAAAGCAGAACGUAACUUUCUAAAGAACGAGUUGAUGUUAAGGAUACCAAGGGGACUUAUUUUCAGUAUACAUAAUGCAGCACCAGAAUUAACUGUUCUCCAAAAUGAUCCAUUGAUACAGCAUAUGCCACAAGUAGCAUUGGCAAUUGCACUCCUUAUUGAAAGACAUAAAGAAAAUUCAAAAUGGAAACCAUAUUUGGAUAUCCUUCCUACCAGUUAUACCACUGUGUUGUAUAUGACUGCUGCUGAUAUGAUUGAGCUUAAAGGCAGCCCUACUUUAGAGACUGCAUUAAAACAGUGCAGAAAUAUUGCAAGACAGUAUUCUUAUUUCACCAAGGUAUUUCAAAAUAGCAAUAAUGCAGUGUCUGCUUUACUCAGGGAUGUUUUUACAUACGAACGAUACUGCUGGGCAGUUUCUACGAUAAUGACCAGACAAAAUCUAAUACCGAGCGAGGACGGAUCACGCAUGAUCUAUGCUUUGAUCCCGAUGUGGGACAUGUGUAAUCACGAGAACGGGAGGAUCCUCACGGAUUUCAACGAAACGUCGGAUAGCUGUGAGUGUUACGCUUUGAGGGACUUCAAGAAAGGAGAGCAAAUAUUCAUUAGUUACGGGCCUAGAACGAAUUCUGACUUUUUCGUACAUUCGGGAUUCGUUUACAUGGAUAACAAAGAAGAUGGCUUCAAACUGCGUCUUGGAAUUAGCAAAGCUGAUUCCCUGCAAAAAGAACGCAUAGAAUUAUUGAACAGACUGGAUCUACCCUCGGUGAGCGAAUUCCUGUUGAAACCGGGCACCGAACCAAUUUCUGAUUUAUUGUUGGCGUUCCUGAGGGUAUUUAGUAUGCGUAAACCGGAACUUACACAUUGGCUGAAGUCGGAUCGGGUAAACGAUUUGAAGCAUAUGGACUGCGCAUUGGAAACUGUUGUCGACGAGAACAUCAGGAAGUUUCUGCUCACCAGACUGCAGCUCUUAAUUGCUAAUUACCCGACGACUCUGAAGGAGGAUCUUCAGCUGCUCGAAACGUCGUUGCCGCAAAUUAAAAAGUUGGCCAUUCAGUUGAGAGUAACGGAAAAAAAGAUUCUUCUAUCCGCGUUAGAAUACGUGGAACAGUGGAUUAAGGCUUAAUGAGAAAUACAAGUAUGGAUUUUAUUGUAACUAUGAAAGCAUCUUCUGUUUUCUUAGCGAUAAAAAGAAUCUUGCGAUAGAACGUGAUUUUUCUCGCUUUGAGUUUACGUGGAUUUGAGAGAAACAAAAAUUUAACAAAGAUGUAUUGGGGCAGGCAGACCACUGGCAGACAAUGGAGCAAUGGUGUAAAGUAUACUGAAGUGUAUAAACAUUGAAGACUAUAUAUAUAUAUAUAUAUGUGUGUAUUAACAACUAUACAAUGCAAU